AUGGCGCCGAUCAUCGCCAACCCCACAAUAACGCUCACCCCAGAGCCGCUCACACCGGUCAACUUCGCCCAAUUCGAGCCCUCCUCCCUCCCACCACACAAUCCCACCCCGGUCCUAGCGAAUCAAAACUCCGCUUUGAAGUACAGUCCUAUCUCCCCGCUUCUCGACCGGUACAAUGGCAGUCCAAGCGGGAAGCCCUCCGAGGCUCGCAUGACUAUGUUCUGCUGUUUCCCGCGCAAAUUACGGAGUAUCGGCUCCGGUCCUUCGGAGAAAGAGGCGUUUGAUGUGCGCAUCUUGGAGCGCCACCCGUUCACCAAUCAGACAUUCAUCCCGGUUGAUUUGUCGGCGCAUUCUAAAGUCGGGGAUGGAGAGGAUGAACCGCUGUUUUUGGUUGUUGUGGCGCCUACGUUGAAGGGACAAACUAUCACGGCGAAAAAUGAACAAGGGGAGACGGUGACUAUCCAGGACCCGCCCGAUUUAAAGAAUAUCAAGGCGUUUGUUGCGCGCGGCGGUCAGGCCGUGACGUAUGGGGUGGGCACUUGGCAUGCGCCUAUGGUUGUUUUGGGUAAGCGGCGGGUGGACUUUGUGGUUGUGCAAUUUGUGAAUGGGGUGGGAGAUGAGGAUUGUCAAGAGGCUGCGUUUGGGGAGGGUGUUGUGGUUGAUCUUGGGAGGAAGGGUCAGCUUGGUCGGGUUGAGAAUCAGCCUAGAUUGUGGACGGCUAAGCUGUGA